AUGGAGGAAUUCGAAUACACCCUCGAUAACGAACAGCAGUUCUGGGACGGCAAGUUGACACCUACUUUGGCAUGCCCGUCCCACCAAUUGAUUGACAAUGCGCUGCGCUCUUACCUCGGCUUCAUCACCAAGUUCAAGGACGAAUACGUCAACACCGAGUAUGAAGUAGCCCGCUGCUCUCAGAAGCUCUUACAGAGCGAGAUAUUCGAGUCGAAUAGGGAAUAUGUGAGGAUACAGAUUAUCUACAGUCUGCUGCAGGAGGAUGAGCCGGCGACGCUGCAUUUUAUUUCCAGUUUACUGCUCUUCGACGGGCGGGACAACGAGGCUACUUUUGAGAAGAUGAACCACGAAGGCUGCUUUCCGAGGCUACUUGAGUUGAUAAAACAGGACAAGAGAUACGAUGCCCGCUUGCACAGGAUGUUUCUGGAGCUACUCUAUGAAAUGUCCAGGAUGCAGCGUCUGAGCGCUGAGGAACUGGGGCAGGUGGAUGAUGAAUUUAUUAUUUACCUCUUUCAGAUGAUCGAGGAGCUAUCCGACGACGUCGAUGAUCCAUAUCAUUACCCAAUUAUUCGAGUCUUGCUGGUACUUAAUGAACAAUGGAUGGUCACGUCAGCAUCUUCACCCGUUGACUCCCAAAGCCCCCCCCUGACCAACCGGGUCAUCAAGAUCCUCAGCCUCCAAGGCUCGAGAUAUAUGACUUUUGGCGAGAACAUCAUCCUUCUCCUCAAUCGCGAAACGGAAACCUCCCUCCAACUCCUAAUUCUGAAACUUCUCUACCUCCUCUUCACAACCCACGCAACUUACGAAUACUUCUACACCAACGACCUCCGCGUUCUUCUGGAUGUAAUAAUAAGAAACCUCCUCGAUCUCCCCAACGAGCUAGACUCCCUUCGACAUACCUACCUGCGAGUCCUCUACCCUCUCCUGGCCCACACACAAUUGAAUCAACCACCUCAUUACAAGCGUGACGAGAUUGCUAAAGUUCUCAGCAUCCUAGGCUGUUCCGCAAACGCACAUUGGGAACCGGCAGAUGAGACAACACUGCGGCUCGUGGAGCGCGUGGCAAAAGUACCAUGGCUGCGCAACGAUGACAUUCAAGACGGAGAAGUAGCGCGUAAACUACUAGGAAUUUCACUGUCCCACUCUCAAAGUGCAAGUGCGAUCAGUGUCGUGGAUGUAGCGGCCGUAAUGGAGAAACCUGGGGUGCAGACCCCGAGUAGGAAGUCUGAGUUCGAGGAGAUUGUGCAAGACAGACAGGAGUCAGAGGUCGAGGUGAAGAUUGAGAAUCCAACGAGGAGGGGCAGGAGACAUCCGCCGCCUCCUAUACCGCCGUUGUUGGCUAGUAAUGGGGGCAAGAAGUUACCACCUAAAACUCCUCCAAGACGGAGGACGAAACUAAAGUCUGUAGCUUCGACGGGGGCUGGAGAGAAUGAGACAGCCUAG